AUGGCGGCUUUCUUCUACUUCGUCGUCGUCGUCGUCGGCGUUGCUUGCUUCUUCCAGGCAUCGGUGGUGGUUUCCGGCGAUCGAUUCUGUGGCCAAGGCGGCGAUCAAGUCAGUUAUGUGCGUGCUCGAGGCUCGGAGUUCGUGCUUGAUGAUCGUCCGUUGUUUAUCAAUGGCUUCAACGCCUACUGGGUAACGUAUUACUCGUUCGAGCUCGUCACACGGCCCCACGUUAGUAGCUUGUUUCGUGACGCAUCGGCGCUGGGUCUCAACGUUGCGAGAGUCUGGGCCUUCAAUGACGGUGGCUAUCACGCUAUCCAGGCCACUCCUGGCGCCUACAAUGAGGAAGCUUUCCAGGGACUUGACUUUGUCAUUGCGGAGGCACAAAGCUAUGGUCUGAUGCUGAUACUCAGCUUGAGCAACAACUACAACUCCUAUGGAGGAAAGCCGCAGUAUGCGCAAUGGGCUCAGGAGGCCGGUCACAGCGUGGAAUCGGAGGACGAUUUCUUCAAACAUUCUGUCAUCAAAGGCUACUACAAGAAUUAUGUGAAGGCCGUGCUUACAAGAGUGAACACCAUCACUGGAGUCGCGUACCGAGAUGAUCCGACGAUUUUUGCCUGGGAGCUGAUUAAUGAACCGAGAUGUAGCUCCGAUCCCUCUGGUGACACCCUCCAGGCUUGGAUCGAGGAGAUGUCGGCAUUUGUAAAAUCUCUCGACAGCAACCAUAUGCUCGAGGUUGGUCUCGAAGGCUUCUACUGCUCCUCGGAUCUACAGAGAGCGGGUCUCGGCAGCUGGUCGAGUGAUCUCGGCACUGAUUUCAUUCGCAACAACGCGAUUCCAAGCAUUGACUUUGCGACCGUGCACAGCUAUCCCGACUUGUGGCUCCCAGACGAGGACUUCGAGGUUCAGCUCUCUUUCCUCGUCCAGUGGAUACAGAACCACAUCGAGGACGCGGCCGUGAGGCUGAACAAGCCCGUGCUCUUCGCGGAAUUCGGCAAAUCAAACCGGACUCGCGGGUUCGUGGUAGAGCAGAGGGACAGGUUCUUCGCGGCCACGUACGAGACGAUCUUCUCGUCGUUUCCGGCCGCUGCCGCGGGUGGACUGCUGUGGCAGCUGGUCACGGAGGAGAUUGGAGACGCCAUCGACGACGGCUACCAAAUCGUCCCCAGCAGGAAUCCCAGCACAGUGACUGUCAUCUCCACGCAGUCGCAGAGAGUUUCCAUCAUGAACUCGAGACGCUCGUGAGUUUUAGAAGUUCGUUCUUUUUGGCAUUGCAGGGAAGCACUGAAGUACCGCAGCUUUAUAAAAGAGGAAGAUAGGAGAGAUUUUUAGUCAAGAGUGUCGCGUUCGUGCCACAUCAGCACCACGUCAGAGCCACGAUUAUGCUGACGGGGCCCAAUCUAGAUGACGUGUAAAGCAUUCCUUGCUAAUAAAAGUAAAGGGGGUAAAGAAAGACGCUAUA